AUGGCCGUAAUAACAUCCAAACAAUAUAUUACCGUUUACAAUGCAUUACAAGCGAUCGAGUGGAUUAAUUUAUUACUGUUAAGAACUGUUAGACCUCUAAUAGAAAAGCAUGGCUGUCGAUUAAAAUUUACAAACAAACAAGUAAUAGAGCGAUUAUCGGCAAAAAAGCCCUCCUUGUGGACGUUCAAUGGAAAAUUUCUGAAAACCAUUCAAACACUGCAAUUAUUAGAGUCAGUUCAUGUCAUUACAGGGAUAACUCCAAAUUCAUCUCUCUCAACAACGCUAGGGCAAACACUUGGCAGAAUGUUUAUUACAUACUUUAUUGGAGAUGAUUUACCCAAUAAUGAUUUAAUGACGGAUAUCAUGAUGUUCACUCUACAAGUGUCGUGGGCGUUGGCAGAUAUUAUUCGAUAUUCACAUUAUAUCAGCCAAACAUGGGAAUUGGAAAAAGAGCCCAAGGCAGCCAAGCUUGUGAAAAUUCUGAAAUUUUUAAGGUACAAUGCAUUCUUGAUUUUAUACCCUGUGGGAAUGUUAAGUGAAAUUGGAUUGGUGCUGCGUGUUGUUUUUUCUAAAUGGUUACGAAGCGAGUCUAUUAGCACGUUACCACAAACCAACGAAAUGUCAGCAACAGUAGCACCUGAGCAUCAUGGCGUGAAUAAUUCUGAAAUCACGAGAAAGAAGAAAUUACCAUCUCAAUCUUCCUCGAAUCCAUAUCCUCUCUACAAGAAGAUUUUAGUUUUAUUUUUCUUUGGAUUUAUUGUGGCGUAUGGCUAUCCCUCUGUAUUUUCCCACAUGCUCAAACAGAGAACCAAGCAUAUGACGAGUCAUUGA